UCAGUGACAUGUUAAGGAAUUUGCAGACUCUUCCCUUUGUAUUGUCCUUUUCUCUCGAUAUUUUCCCCUUUCACAAUGAUGAUUCUGUUUUCUGCUUUUUUUAUUUUUCUCUUAUAAAUGAAAUGAACUAGAAUUGUAUAGUAGAAAGAUUUUUUUAUAAAAAAAAAAAAGGCAUUUUGAGGGAUUUUGUGAGGACCCUUUUGGAUUGAAAAGAAGAAAGUGAAAAUGGGUAGUUGUGGAAGGGAAGGUGUAGUGAGACAAUAUGUAAGAUCAAAGGUUCCUCGUUUAAGAUGGACACCUGAACUUCAUCGUUGCUUUGUUUAUGCCAUUGAAACUCUUGGUGGUCAUCAAAAGGCUACUCCUAAGCUUGUUCUUCAGUUGAUGGAUGUUAAAGGGCUAACAAUUUCACAUGUCAAGAGCCAUUUGCAGAUGUACAGGAGCAUGAGAAGUGACUUGUGUAAACAAGAUAGGACAUCAUCCGUACAUAAAAGACAAUCUUUUCAGGAGCAUGAUGAAGUGAAUGAUGUUGGUGUUCUCUCCUUCUUAGAAUCUAUUGGAAAGGAAUCUGAUUCUCUCUUCACCUGCAGAAAUUUCUCCCCUAAAAGAGCAAGAAUCGAGAAGACAAGUAAUUUCCUCACAGGAAUCCUACAAUGCAGCCAAAGAAUAUGUGAAGCAGAUCCAAAUCCAUACACAACUUUUUAUGAUUAUGUGCAGGACAUGGAU